AUGGCUACCCCUAGUGUCCUCGCUUUUGACGCUGAGGGUCGGGCCAUUGACUUUGAUGUCUGGAUAGAUGACCUGCAGCUUUUCUUACAGUGCGACAGGGCAGACGGCCUCUCCCUCUUUGACCUCACUUCUGGUGCCUCUCCUGCCCCCGCUGCUGAUGCUGACGCCACUGUUCGCUCACAGUGGGCCACGCGCGAUGCUGCUGCACGUCUUGCUGUGCGUCGCCACCUGCCUACCUCUGAGCGUGCGCACUUUAGCCAGUACAAGAGUGCUCAGACCUUGUACGACGCUGUAGUUGCGCGCUACUCCUCCCCUGCCACUGCUGCACUGAGCCGCCUCAUGCUACCGUACCUCUUCCCUGACCUUGCUGCCUUUCCCACAGUCGCUGACCUCAUUACGCACCUCCGCACUAGUGACACUCGCUACCGCGCUGCGCUUCCUGCUGAGUUCUGCGCCAAGAACCCCCCCCCCAUGUACAUCACCCUCUACUACAUAGUCACCCGGCUCCCUGACUCCCUUCGCGUAGUCAGGGACCACUUCCUCUCAGUUUGCCCCACCACUCUCACCGUUGACCUCCUCGAGAAGUCCCUCCUAGCAGCAGAGAAGAGCAUAGUCGCUGUAGGAGCCUCUCGUGGUGACCCUCGCACCCCCAUCUUUGAGGGGUGUUCCCCCUCCCCCCUUUUGCCCUCUGUUGCCUCUGCUGCUGCGGCCGACCUCGUUGGGCUUGAGUCAGUCGGUGCGGCGUCUACCCCUAGCAGGAGACGUCGCCCUGGCAAGGGCAAGGGGGGCAGGGGCACUGGAGGAGCUAGCGGGGGCGGUGGAGGCGGAGGUGGAGGCGGUGGAGGGGGUGGGGGUGGCGGUGGGGGUGGUGGCGGGGGUGGAGGCGUCGGUGGCGGCAGUGGAGGCGGAGGCGGCGGCGGCGGUGGCGGUGGGAGCGGAGGUGGCGGCGGUGGAGGAGGAGGCGGCGGAGGAGGUGGAGCUGGUCGGGGUGGCGCUGCGCAGAGGGUCGGCUCCGGUGGUGGUCAGCGCCAGCAGCAGCAGCAGCAGCAGCAGCAGCAGCGCACUCGUGACAUCCCCUCCCCUCAGCAGCUCCGUGAGUGGGCGGGUGUAGCUGUCUUUGACCUUGACUUUGAUGCUAUUAUUGCUGCCAUGUAUACUGUGACUAUUAGUGAUGAGGGUGACUGUUACCGGUGUUUUCCGCCCGACCCGGGCAUUGAGACUGCUGCUCUAGGUACUGGUGAGGCUGCUGCUCUAGGUGCUAGCGAGGCUGCUGCUCUAGGUGCGUCUGCUCCCUCAGGUGCUGGUGAGUCUGCUCUCUCAGGUUCUGCGUCGGCUUCGGCCUCCCACACCUUCACCCUUGACUCGGGGGCUUCUCGCUCCUUCUUUCGAGACCGCACCACACUCACGCCGCUUGGCCGGCCAGUUGCAGUCUCUCUGGCAGACCCCUCUGGGGGUCCUGUCCUUGCUCACUUCUCCACUGUCCUCCCGUGUCCGGCGGCCCCCUCUGGCACCCUGUCUGGUCUUUACCUUCCCUCGUUCUCUACGAACUUGGUGAGUGGUGCUGACCUACAGGAUGCGGGGGUUCACCAGUUCACUCCUGCGAGUCAGCGGGUGACCCACUGCACGGACGCUCGGACAGGCCGCCACCUGGCCACGUUUACCCGUCGGCCGGGGUCGAGCCUGUACACCCUGACCACUGAGUCUCCUCCAGUCACUGCGUCUGGUCAGGUAGCUGCGUCGGGUCAGGUGUUUGCUGCAGCGUCCAGAUCUGGUCCUGAGUCUGCCCCCUGUUCGUGUCGCCUCCUGUCUCACGAGACUCUCCUCUGGCACCACCGCCUUGGUCACCCCUCCUUGCUUCGUCUCCGAGGCAUGGCCUCCCGUGUCCUUGUCUCUGGUCUUCCCCGGUCCCUCCCUCCCCUUCCUCCGGGGCCUGGCCCUGCCUGCGUCCCCUAUGUCGAGGGGCGGCAGCGGGCUGCCCCUCACUCCUCCCAGUUUCCUCCGACAGAGGCCCCGCUGCAGACGCUUCACAUGGAUGUGUGGGGCCCGGCCCGCGUCCGUGGACAGGGUCACGAGCGCUACUUCCUGCUGGUGGUUGACGACUACUCGCGUUACACCACAGUCUUCCCCUUGCGCAGCAAGGGCGAUGUCACUGAGGUGUUGAUCGACUGGAUCCGCGCAGCUCGUCUCCAGCUCAGGCAGAGCUUCAGCUCGGACUUUCCUGUUCAGCGUCUGCACUCUGACAGAGGUGGAGAGUUCUCCUCUGGCCUUCUGCGAGCCUACUGUCGUGCACGAGGUAUCCGCCAGACCUUCACGCUUCCGGACUCUCCACAGCAAAAUGGGAUUGCUGAGCGCCGCAUUGGCAUGGUCAUGGACGUCGCCCGUACGUCCAUGAUGCAUGCGGCUGCCCCCCAUUUUCUGUGGCCGUUUGCGGUUCGGUACGCGGCGCAUCAGAUCAACCUUCACACCAGGGUCUCCAUGCCGGAGACCUCCCCAGCCUUGCUGUGGACGGGGAAGGUUGGCGAUGCGUCUGCGUUCCGUGUCUGGGGAUCUCGGGCGUUUGUCCGUGACUUGUCUGCGGACAAGCUGUCCCCUCGUGCUGCUCCUUGCGUCUUCCUUGGCUUCCCCCCUGACGCGCCAGGGUGGCAGUUCUACCACCCCACCUCUCGCCGUGUUCUGUCCUCCCAGGACGUCACGUUUGACGAGUCGGUCCCCUACUACCGCCUCUUCCCCUACCGCACUCCGUCCCUCCCCCCGCCACCGCUCUUCCUUGUACCAGGUCCCCCCCCGGUAGACCCCCUCCCCCCUCAGGGUCCUGCCCCUUCAGGUGUGUCCCAGGUAGACGCAGUCGAGCCUGUCGAGGUUACUGGUGACUCUGGUGCUGCUGAGGGUGCUGAGCCUGGGGGUGCUGACUCUGGGGGUGCUGAGCCUGAGGGUGCUACUACUGGGGGUCCUGAGCCUGGGGGUGCUGAGCCUGGGUGUGCUGAGCCUGGGGCCUGA